AUUGUCGUCGUUGUCAAGCUCCAAAUAGCCACAAAUUAAAAAAAAAAGUGCUGAUCAUCAUCAUCAAUUGAUGACGAGGACAAAUAAAAUCGAUCGAAAUCUCAAUUUUAUCAUUGAAAAAAAUUUUUGUUAAUUAAAAAUCAUCAGAUCAGAUUUUUGUUGAAACAGAUGAUUUCGUGUGGAUAAUUCAAAUGAUUCAUCGAAAAGUAUUCAAAUGACGAAACUAGAACUGCAACAACAACAAUCAACGAUUGUUGAGAACCGUAAAUCAUUACUAUUAUAUGAUGAUGAAAAUGAAUUGGUAUUUAGUCUAUUAGGACGAAAAUGUCUGUCACAAUCAACAGCGGUCAUACAAUUGUUGAUAACACGACCACCGGAUCAUAUACGAUGGCAAAUCAAAUGUACGGGUGUUGUUUGUUUCGUCAAAGAUAAUCCAAAACGUUCCUAUUUUAUUCGUGUUUAUGAUUACGAUAAAAAGACAUUGGCCUGGGAACAGGAAUUGUAUACGACGUUCGAAUAUAAAAACGUUCGACCUACAUUUCAUAUGUUCGAAGCACAUGAUUGUAUGGCUGGUCUAUAUUUUGCCAAUGAACAAGAAGCACAACAUUUUCUUGAAACUGUUCAAGGAAAGUUGGAAAACCGAAAAAAGAAAUCUCAAGAGAAAAAAAUGACGAUGAAUCAUCCAACAAUGGCAAUGCAAUCACAAUUUCAACAACAUUCAUCACAGAAUCAACAACAACGACGUCACCAACAACAACACCAACAACAACAAUCGUUACAUAAUCUACAGCCAACUGAUCAAGGUGUUUCAUUAUCAAGUAGUCGUAAUAAAUCAUUUAAUCGUAUCUAUAAACCCUACAAAGAUAAACAACAACGUAAUCGUGAUAAAAAGAAGGGAAUAUCCAAGACGGAUAUUGGAAAUCCAACAAAUUUCCAACAUGUACAACAUAUUGGUUGGAAUUCACAGACACGUUCAUUUGAAAUGGAUAAAAUUAUUGAUAAAAAUCUUAUAUCAUGUUUACAAGCACAAGGAAUCACCCAAGAACAAUUGAAACAUGAAGCAGAAUUCAUUAAACAAUUUGUUCAAGAUUGGAAUCAUGGUAAUAAUAAUAAUGGUACGAUAAUUAAUCAACCACAACAACAACGGCCAAACGUAACUGGUGGACGUCCAGUUGGUGUACCAUUACCACCACCACCACCACCAUUAUCGCCACCAUCGAUACCAUCAGUGCCUCCUGUUGUAGUUUCGCCUACAACAACAAAUUCGAAAUCUAAUUAUAAUAAAAGUCAACAUCAGCAAUAUAAUGGUGGUCAUCAUAAUCAACAACAACAGCAACAACCGGUAGUUCAUUUUCCACCGCCACCACCACCAUCAUCAUCAUCAUCAUCAUCAUCAAGCCUUUCAACAACAAUGGGUAAUAAUAAUCGAAAACAAACAAUGGCACCGGCUAUUCCUGCUCCAGCUUUAGCGCCAGCACCACCGCCACCACCUCCUCCUCCCCCUCCAUCAUUGAAUGAAAUGACAUCGUCACCGGCUGCAGUACCACCACCGCCACCACCACCUCCACCACCGCCUUCAUCUUUAAUUGGUCCAGGUGGUGGUGGUGGUGUUUCCGUUAAUAAGCCAUCACCAUUACCAUCAACAAAUGAUAAUCGUUCAGCAUUAUUGGAGGAAAUUCGUCGUGGGGCACAAUUGAAUCAUGUAGAUCCAACGGAACAACGUCAAAAUGGAAAUGGAAAUAAUAGUUCAACCACUGAUGUACGUGGUCAAUUAUUAGAUCAAAUUCGUCGUGGUGUUGAUCUAAAAAAGGUUGAUACAAACGCAAAUGCAAAACCUAGCAAUGAAAUGAUUGGUAGAGGUGGUGCAUUGGCCGAUGCAUUAGCACGUGCAUUACAGGAACGUGCACAAGAUUGGAAUCAAACAAGUGAUUCAAGUGAUAAUGAUUCAAAUGAUACAGAUGAUGAUGAUGAUUGGGAUGAUUAAUUCGAUUCGAUUUGAUUUGGAUCUACUUAAUUAUUAUUAUUAUUAUCAUUAUUGUCAUUAUUAUCAUUAUUAACUACCUACCUACCUACCUAAGUAACAACAACACCAAUUGACAAUAUUCAAUUUUGAAAAAAAUACUGCAAAAAAAUUUAUUAUUCAGAAAUAUUUAUUCAUUGUUGAUCACUUGCUCUCUCUCUCUCUCUCUCCCGUCCUUGCUUACAUUUAUCAUUAGUUUUGACAAAUGAAAAAAAAACCGAAAUUUUUUUUUGGAAAUAAAAAAAAUUCCAAUGUUAAAGGAUUUUUUCUUUAUAA